GUUAGAAAGCCUCUUGUUCAGAUAAAGACCGUCUGCUUUUGUGCCGAUCAGCUGAGGCUGUGAUGUGACGACGGGCUAGAAUUACUAUUUAUGCUCAUAGAAAGUGUUUUCACUUGUCAUUUUAGAAGUCUAUAGAACUAGAACAUCUUUAUUAACAAGAUGGAUAACGCAACAAACACAGAUUUUGAUGUUACAGAUUUAUUUCAGUAUGUACCCGAAAUUCGCGAUCCAUUCAAGAAUGCCUGGAUCUACAUGACUGACCAUUAUACAAAGUUUCAAAUCGCAACGUUUGGAUCGUUGAUAGUGCAUGAGUUGGUGUAUUUUGCUGCCUGCUUACCAGGCUUUGUGUUCCAGUUCAUUCCUUUUAUGAAAAGGUUCAAAAUUCAAAAGAAUAAGCCAGAGACAGCAAAAGAUCAGUGGCAAUGCUUCAAGCUUCUCAUGUUCAAUCACUUCUGCAUCCAGACACCUUUGAUUGCUGGGACCUAUGUUUUUACUGAGUUUUUCAACAUUCCUUAUGAUUGGGACCACAUGCCUCCAUGGUGGAAUCUAGCACUCCGCGUGUUUGGUUGUGCUGUUGUAGAAGAUGCCUGGCAUUACUACCUCCAUUAUGCACUGCAUGACAAAAGAAUCUACAAGUACAUUCACAAAAUUCAUCACAGCUUCCCAGCACCGUUUGGAAUGACAGCAGAGUAUGCACAUCCAGCUGAAACUCUCAUUCUUGGACUGGGCUUUUUCAUUGGCAUCAUGAUCUUCACCAACCACGUGGUGCUGCUGUGGGUAUGGGUCACUGUGCGCCUAUUUGAAACUAUCGAUGUUCACAGCGGCUAUUACCUUCCAUUUUUGAAUGUGUUUCACCUCUUCCCCUUUUACGCUGGGGCAAAAUUCCAUGACUUUCACCACCAGAAUUUUCAUGGAAACUAUGCUUCUACAUUCACUUGGUGGGACAAAAUUUAUGGCACUGAUCGUCAGUACAAGGAAUACUAUGCCAAGCAGAUUCUAGAAGAAGCAGAGUCUAAGAAAAAAUAAACAAUACAAAUUUCCUGAACUGACAAUACUGCUUGAUUGAAGAUAUAUUAUAAUUAAAUCAGACUGAUUAAAUGGUCAACAUAGUGAAAGAAAUUAACUACAAAAACUAUUCAAAGCAGUUAUAGUGUUUUCCGAUAAGGAAAUGGGAGAAGGUGAUGCGGUGUGUGUGUAGGGAAUGUUAAUGAUCAGUAAUAUUGCUUAAAACAUUUCCAGCAUUUUACUUUUAGUAACAGGUUUUAGUAUUUGCUGUAUUUUUUUGUUUAAAGAUAGCUUUGUCAUUUCAAGUUCACCUGGGAGAAGAUUGUAUGGAUAGAAAAAGUACCAGAGAAUGUUAAUAACUGGGGGAGGGGUUUGCUUGUUUUAAAGUCAUUUACAUAAAUUCUUCCCACUUACAUUUACAUUGGGAAGGCAGAUUGCCUACUGGCAUUUAACUGACAUCUGAGGUUGGAAUAACAGCCUUAAAAAAAACUAGCAAAUUGCUGAUCCCGAGUGCACUGUCCAAUACUUGACCUGUUUAUAUUGUAUGUGUCAUAUCUGUGUGUAAUUUAUCAAGUGAGUUUUUUUAAGAUUUUAGUUCUUAGUAGUAGUUUGAAAAGUUAGGAUAUAAGUUUGAGUAGUUAGGAUAUAAAUGCUACUUCAGAGUUCUAUACAACACUCCUGAUAGUAAAGCUGUCCUCAUUAAUGAUUUAGUCCAAGGCAAUACCAUGGGAUUUCCUUUACAGCCAGAACUAACAACUUAGUCUUGUAUGAUGUCCCACUUCCAGUCUGAGGUUUACAUAUAGAUUAUAUUGCAGUCUACUUCAGCACACUUUUGGUGUUUUAUUUCUUUUCUUGUCUUGAUCCUCUAGUACCUUACAUUGAUAUCUAUUACCACAGAUGUUUUGUAUGAGUAGGGGUGCUAACCUUACACCAUAUCCACUUCAUUGUGACAUUGUAAAGUGUGCUAUCACCAAAGAGACUAACAUGUGUAUUAGGUAUUGUGAAGAAGUGUGCAUCUUGAAUUUAAACAUAAGAAUUUUGGUAAAAGUUAAUAGGUAUGUGAUUUCUUUUAUUUUUCUAUAGGUCUUAGAAAAUUUUUAUAGAAAGGAAUACCUGCUUUCUUAUAAAAAUUUACUUCAAGGAAUGGUUUUAUGGUGAUGUUUGAGUAUUUUAGGUGACAAGAAGGUACAUUAAUAGUUAUUAAAAUAAAAGGGCAUAUAAAAAGUAAAUAUUUAUUAAUGCAGACAAAAUGCAAAAUUAAAAGGCUAACAUGGAGCUUGUUAUGUCAAAAGGAGCAAUUACGGAAAUAAAAAGGCAAUAUUGUUCUAGUACCUAUCAGAGAAUAAGUGGUUUCUGGAGAAAGAAGCUUGUUUGAAGAAGCAGGUAGAAUGAAAUGGAAGGUGGCCUGAAGAUUGGCUUGUUCUUGUUACCAGCUAGCAGGAAAAAAUGGUGGUUACUAUUAACGUAACCAGCACUAAAAAAGCUUAUAAAGAUUGAGAAGUAAGAGUGAUACCAUAGCAACAAGAUUUUAAGAUUAGCACAAGUAAUUUUAGUCAGAGACAUGGCUAAAACAUGUCUAAAGGUGCAUGUGUUUGUGUAUCCAUGAAUGAAGAUAGUCGUGCUAACAAGCUGCAAUGUGGUGUCCCUCUGAGUUUCUAUUUAGCGUUGUGUGUGCCUGUAUAUAAAGCCCUUUAAGUCUGGAAAAGUUUAGGGAAGGAUGCUAAAGGAAUACACUUUGUUAUUAAAGGUUCAUAUAUAUAUAUUAAUUUUAAAUAUGAACUGAAUCUACAAAGAUUAGUGUCUAGAUGUGCAUUUCUAAGUGGGCUGGAUGGCAUUGAAAUGUUCUGUCUGUAUAGUGGCAAGGAUGUAUGCUUGCAUAUUAAAUGUUAAGUGUAAAAUAUGUGUUGAAAGCUCGCUAGUCAAGCUGCUACUAGGUACAGUGGGUUGGAGAGGGUCAGAUUUUUUUUUCAAUUUUUGGAUUAGUGUCCCACAUGAUUUGCAUCUUUUGGCUUGCAUUUAUGUACAAAAUGACUUUUUAUCAUUUUUCAUCAACUAUCAUUCAUAGGCUGUGUUAAAUUUUAGAAGCUAUGAUCUGCAUUUUCAUGUUGGUGACUGUCCCACAUACCUGUAGGACCACAUUGCUAAUAUUACAAAACUGAAUCAGUAUUUUUUUCAAAAUCAUUUGCUUUUUUUGAUAAAAUUUACUUUAAAUGGAAUAUACUUCACAUAUUGAUGUCCCCCAGUCACUCCUAGUUUUCUGCAUCUAUGGUUGUAGUGGCCUCAUCAUGUACUCCCUCCAUAGUUUAAAGCAUUCUACACUAAUCAAAAUCAUCGGAUUGUGAAGAAAAUCAAGCGCAAGAAAGAUGAGUGAAGAGGUAUACAUUUUAAUGUGUGCCCUAAAAACUGUCAUAUUAAUGAAAAAACAAUCAUAUUUUUCCUUAAACUUGUUUUUUUUUUAUUUUAGUAUAUUCUUUUUACCUUAUCUUUCUGUAUUUUUCCAUAAUCUUUUAUUCGUUUUUUUGUUUUUGUAUUUAGAUAGGUUUUUUUUAAAUGAUAGGCAAGCACAGCUGUACACUGGAUGAUAUUGCACUGUACUUUAAUUCUGUUAUUGAACUUGAUCAAGAUGGAAGUGCUAAGAGGACUUUGUGUUGUGCUAUUGCUGUGGCACUUCACACAUGCAUGGCAGAAGAGAAAGAUAAAAGUAUGACAUUCGUUAGUGCAAAACAAGUUUUCUUUUUCCAUUUUUUUUGUUAUUUCUUUUAUCCUAAUCUCUGGCAAAGUUGAUUAUGUAAAAGAGUCCAGUGUGUUAGUGUAACCUUAAAGAGUAGCAAUUGAUGUAGGACAAGGCCUUUGACUUUUACUUUCAUUUUAAUUUGAUGUUUUAAUACACCGAAUGCCAGUCUCUCAGCCAGCAGUUCAAUAACACUUUCCAUUACUAUAUUUUUUAUACAUUUCUUAAAAUGAACAUCUUUUAAAAAAAUAUAUUGAACUUGCUAGUUAUAAAUAAAAAAGUUUGUAGACAAUCGCUACUCUUUCAGUCAAAAUGUUUUUAUUUUGUGAUCAUUGAUUUAAAAUUAAACUGGUGCAAAGAGGUGCUUGUUUUCAUGCUUUAUGGUUUUUGUUUUAUGUAGAUGAUUCCAGACUCGUAUAUUUUCUUUUUACAAUGAAAUGUUUUGAGCUGCGACGAAUAUGCCAUUACCUCAAGCACAUUGAAUAAAAUCAUCUUGGAUUUGUGCUGAUCUCUAAAAUGGUCAAGGAGACAAAACAGAUUAGCAGAUUUCUGCUAAAAAUCUUUAGUGUCUUAUUGUGAUUAUUCUCAAAUACAGCUUUGAAAGAAAAAA